GUCCAAACGAUAGCACGAUCCUCAGACUCGGCCAAUGAGCGCUCGGGUCGCGAGGGCAUAUAUAGAGGGGCGGCGGGGGGUCACCCGCGAAUGAUGUACCGACGGAGAAGAAAACCGUAGAUCUCCCGAAGAGUUCACGUUACUUACCGUGUACUCGGGUCCAAAAAAGAAAGAAUCAGUUGCACUUCAAAGGAGUCAGGAUGGCAUAUGGAGGCCAUCAAAGUAGAUACCAGGCCAGUGUGAACACGACGUUACCCUCACUGCAGGAACAGGACACGGCAUCCUUCGUGCCCUGGUCUCAUGAUGAUCCCCACGAACUCAUCAACUGUGUCCAGAGCAGCCUCCCGACAAGGAAACCUCCUUUGAAUACUGAGUAUGAUUUUGCGGCAGAUCUACAGGGUCUAGUGUCAAAUAUUUUGGCUGAGGCCCAGUCCCAGGACAGCUACCCUGAACGGAGCCUACCUACAUGUAAUCCCUUCUGGUCUCCAAAGACACUGAAAGAAGAACUGCUGCGGUAUUUUCAAUCAGAGACUAAAGCGCAACACAGCCCCACCUUUCCUUCAAACUAUGUGUCCCACGAGGCUUUCGGCAAAGCACAGGGACAGUCGGUGCACAAGGAUGUUGAAGAGUUCAGUCAACAGCCCAAUGGCAUUGGUAUAAAUCAACAAUGGCAUUUUAAUUUGGCUAAUGGUGACAGUGACCACUACACCCUCCACCCUCAGAAGCUACAAAUGCCCAAAGUAGGAAACACUUACAUGUCACAGAUGCAACAAAGCAAUUGUGACAACACAUCAGCUGAUAAAGACAGAGGAGACAAUCAGCCUGCGGAUAAUUUCCCUCACUUCAAUGAUGUCUUUACAUCUCAAGGCCAAAUCAACAGCCCCGGCUUUGAUCCUUACUAUGAAGACAACUGCUCCCAGAGCAGUGCCAAGCACAUUAGCAAUGUGCCACAAGACAUUAACCAACUGGUCAGUAGUUUUCAGUCCUUCAUGGCUCGUGAGCCUGACAGCCUUUGUCACAGAGACUUCCCAAACAUGCACAAGCAGACAUUUGGCAUGCUCCACGAAGACAGCGCGGCCGAACAAUGGAAAAUCACCAGCCCCACCGGGUCAACACACAGUGCUCCGGCAAUGCAGACCCAGAAAGAGCCGGUGGGAGAAUAUGGGAUUGUGCAGAGGAAUGGAGGCGCAAGGAAGCAGUCGUACAAACGCGACGUCUUUCAAAAUCACCUGCUGGAGGAGCCAUACUCAGCAUCCGUAAACCUCCCGAACCAAUACCAAAACAAGACGAGGACACACCGAGAGAACUCUAAUGUGAGCGCCAACCAGUAUCCAAAGCAUCACAUGUCGCAGGGCCAAGUACAGAACAAAAUCAAGCCACAGAUGCAGAAAGAAAAGAAGACGUCUGGCUUUUUGGGAGAAGCCUUCUCUAAAAUCCCCCUAACCUCCACUCACAUGAGAGAUGGGGAUAAGAAACAGAUUUACUCACAGAGCCCGUGCUUUGACCUUCAGGGAGGCAUGCAGCCUCAGAGGUUUAAUGGAGAAAACAGCAUGGUCAGCGCAGGGAACAGUACACAUCAGUGCAUGCCUCUCAUGUAUCCGGCAAGUCACCCCAGAGGGCGCCCCGGCACUCCCAUCUACAUCAGCUCUAGAUCCACUCUGCCCUACGGAGGUGCAGCCCCAGGCACGGACGUCAGGGAAAUGAUGACCCACAGAGGAGAUAGCCUGUACCAUGGCAGGGCCUCGGCUGUGCUCAGUCCCAUGGUGAUGAAUCAAGGAGGACCUGUGAUCCAGCUUUACGUCUACCUGGAUGAGUGUUACGAGCAGUGGAAGUGUUUAGAGAAGGAGAGAAAGAGGGCCGAGGCCAUCCUUAACAAGACGUUUGACGGGAAACGGACUGCAGCGGUGGCCAACGCUUCUCUACCAAAAACCCCACCAAACCCCACCAGAGUCGACCACCUCGUUGUCAAACAGAUGAGAGAGCAAUCAAAGGUGGUAGGCCUUCUGUGUAGGAUGGAGAGUCUGACUGACAGUCCCCUCCACAUCAACAUCAGCACAGCACCGAACACGCAUCACAAGGCGAUCUGCAACCUGCAGACGAGACGCAAGGAGGAGAUUGCCCACAUGUCCAAGCACCCGCAGCAGAGAUCUCACAUCACAGAGCGCCAAGACGUCAUGCUGUUCGUCGCGCUGAAGGACCUGGCGGCCGCCACAAGGAAGCUCCGCACAGCCCUGUGGUGCGCUCUGCAGAUGACGCUGCCCAAACCUGUCAAAAAGCAGCAGGACCACAUACACCAGGCCGCUGCACGUCGGGAGCAGAGUGCCUCUCCACUCGAGGGAUACUCGUUUAGGUUUUGACUUAACGGGCAACAAGCACGACGAGUUCAAUGUCCUGAUUAAAUUAAAUCCAGAAAAUUUCCCGUUUAUAAAUUUCCCACAGGCAACAGAGAUGAAAUCUUUUUUUUUAUUUUUGUAUUAUUAUUAUAACUUACCUGCAAGUCUGCAGUGACAUUUUACCCACAACACAGAGAUCAUUGCCAAAUAUAAUAAGAUGGAUGGGAUUUGAAGUGUGAUGACGGACGGCCGCCUCUGCCUGUGUAGGAAUUGCAUGAAAUGUAAUAAAUCCCACCGCAUCCUAACUCCAUAACGUGAAUCUUGCUCCUUCGCGGUUGUAUUUAAAAGAAACUUAUUUAUAUGGAAGAUUUCAGUGAAUUUCUUCAUUGUUUUACUUGGAAUUUAAUGGGUACCUCAGUUCUGGGUAUUCCCAAGAAAUAAUUAAAUUAUAAAGGGAAGUAGUAGUUUAAAAAUGAACAUGGUAAAUAUCAGAAUGUUUUCUGAAAUGUUCAAACUAUUUUCAGCCGCUUCAAUCAUUCUCAUGUAACUUCAAUAUGCUUUAAUCAGAGAUAAAAAAAAAAAGUAUUUAUAUCCUUACCUACGAUUCGGUGAACUGUAAUAGUAUUCUGAAAAAAAAGUUCAGUUUUAAAUUUAAAUCACAUUUUUAAAUAGACAAUAUUUAUGGGAAUCAUUCUCGCCAGUGAUGUGUAACCGCUAAGUUAAUAAAGCAGUUGUCUGGAUACAGUUACGUCUUUGAAGACCACAUCAGCUGUUUGAUAUUUUAUACACCGUUAUCUGAAAUGUUGUUAAGUUUGUGAAACUUGUACAAUUGUUGUACUGAGAAUGUUUUAAUUCAUCUGCUUUUAAGUCAGAUGUUUGAACUGACAUAAUAUACUUAAAGUUCCAUGUUCUACAUUUAAAUGUAUUAACCAUACUUACACAAAUAUUGUUAUUAGUUAAAUGUGACUGUUUGUCCUCCUAGGACCAAAGUUUGUAUCCUUUAAUAGACACGUGUUGCCUUAUUCCUCAGUCAGCGCACCUCUGGGAAUAUGAAGGGGGCCAUUUUGUUCUCUGUAAAGUUAAUGCUCAUGUUUGCGCCCCUUCCCCCUCCACUCCCCUUGUUUCGUGUGCUGAAAAGUUGGAAUAAAGUCAUUGAAACUGCUGGAAA